ACGUGUGCUUCUGGGGUGUGGAGGAGCACGACGGAGAAGAGGGAGGAGACGAAACAUCAGUUGCCAGCAUGGCGUUUACUCUGUACACCCUCAUCCAGACCGCUAUUCUGUGCACCAACGCCAUCGCCGUGUUGCACGAAGAGCGUUUCCUCAGCAAAAUCGGCUGGGGGGCUGAUCAGGGAGUUGGAGGUUUUGGGGACGACCCGGGAGUCAAAGCGCAGAUACUGAAUCUCGUCCGUUCAGUUCGGACCGUCAUGAGAGUGCCGCUGAUAAUCGUGAACUCUGCGUGCAUCGUCCUGUUAAUGCUCUUUGGUUGACCAGUGAUCACUGAUGCAACCAAAGCAAGGAACAGAGGAAGGAACAGAGACACAACGAUAAUACACCCUUCACACACUGAACAGUCUGCAGCACCUUUAAGGAUUUGUGGGGCUGUCCAGCAAUGGCAGACCGGAAAAAAGCCAGAGACUGCUCAA